UUCUCAUUGCUGUGAUAAAUUGAGGCAGCAGCAUCGUGUUUCGCUGCAUUAUAGUUGUGUUAGAUGUCAAGAUAAAAAGUAUCGUAUUUUACUCGCACGACAAAUGUGCGAAUCGAAAUGUAAUUAGUGUACAUAUAUUGUUAUCGUUGAUUCUCAAUGAGAAUGACAAUGGCAUGGACGCAGGUUAAAGAGCAUUCAAGAGUGGCCAUUCAUAACUUUGUACAUGGAACCCCCUAUGCACUACGAUUAACAGUUGGGGAAGUAGUAUAUAUAUUGGAGGAGUGUGGUGACUGGUACUAUGGACGGAGCAAAUUUAAAGGAACAUGUGGAAUCUUUCCAAAAUCUUAUGUACAUAUUUUGCAACAGUCAAUGAGUAUGGAUUGUUUGAUACAUGAGAUUACAAAUGUUUUGAGAGAAUGGGGUCAUCACUGGAAGCAUUUAUAUGUCACUCAUUCAGAGCACUUCAAAACCAUGCAACAACAAAUUCUGGAAUUAAUCGGAUACAGAAGCAAAAUUUUGAGUGGCACAUUGACAGUGGAUGAACUGAAAGAUAUGAAAAGAUUAGCAACAGCUAGGAUUGACACUGGCAAUCAAUUGCUAGGUAUGGAUAUGGUUGUUCGGGAUGAUCAGGGGAAUGUCCUUAACCCUGAAGAGACAAGUACAAUCCAGUUAUAUUAUCAUCACGAGACUGCUGCGGAAAGAAUAAGAAAGGCAGCUAACGAUAUGAAAAAGAAACCUUCAAAACCUCAAGCACCUGUUUAUUCACAUAUCUUCUUUGUUAGUGUAAGGAAUUUUGUAUGUAAAAUGACUGAGGAUGUAGAGUUACUAUUGACAUUAUACGAUGGUCGUGAAAUGAAAGCAAUCACUGAAAACUAUGUGGUCUCGUGGAGCAAGGAAGGACUAGCCAGAGACAUAGAUCAGCUUCACAAUCUUAGAGUUUUAUUCACCGACCUUGGCUCUCGUGAUUUAGCCAGAGAUAAAGUUUACUUAGCUUGUUACGUAAUUAGGGUAGGAGGUAUGGAAGCUAAAGAUAUUGAUCAUCGCCGUUCCAGCGUUGCACAAGCCAAUCAAAAAGUCAAAAAUACAGAAUGUAUGAGAAGACCUUUUGGCGUGGCAGCAAUGGAUAUCACUUUGUACAUUACAGGCAAGCUUGAAGGUGACUCGGAUCACCAUCAUUUCAUACCAUUUGUGCAAUGCUGUGAGAAGGAAAGUUUAGAUGGUACAUUACGGAGAAUUCUUUCUCAAAAGGAAGCAAACAUUCAGAAAAGUGGUAAUGGAAGCAGUAGCAGCUUGACCGGGGGUCAGGGGUUGUGGGCUAGUUUGAAGUUACUUAGAGGAGAUCCAAAACAAGUACGAGAUGAAAAUCCUCACUUGGUACUUGGCAAUGUUGCUAUUGCAAGGAAAAUGGGAUUUCCAGAAGUUAUUUUGCCAGGUGAUGUGAGGAACGAUCUGUAUCUUACAUUGAUCAGCGGUGAAUUCAAUAAAGGAUCAAAGUCUACAGAUAAGAAUGUCGAAGUUACGGUCAAAGUAUGCAAUGAGUCGGGUAUCGCAAUACCAGGUGUUAUGACACUGGGUGGUGGAGUUUCACCGAUCGACGAAUAUCGUAGUGUUAUUUAUUACCAUGAGGAUAAGCCACGAUGGUGUGAAACUUUCAAAAUUGCUAUACCCAUCGAAGAAUUUAAACAGACCCAUUUGAAAUUCACAUUUAAGCAUCGCAGCUCGAACGAGGCAAAAGAUAAAACUGAGAAACCGUUUGCCUUGAGUUACGUAAAAUUGAUGCAACGUAACGGGACAACGUUGCAAGAUAUACAGCAUGAGCUAUUGGUGUAUAAAUUAGACCAAAAGAAAUAUGAAGAAACCGAUAUUUCAUAUUUGAAAUUGCCAUCAACAAGGAGUGAACUGGUCGAAUUAAAUGUUGAGAAAAAGCCAACAUUGGGAGCACUUACUUUAAGUAGUAAGGAUAGCUUUCUGAUAGCAACCAAUAUUUGCUCAACAAAACUAACGCAAAAUGUGGAUUUGUUAGGCUUAUUAAACUGGGCGUCGCAUAAUACAGAUUUAAAAGAAUCUUUGGCUGCCUUAAUGAAAGUUGACGGCGAAGAAGUUGUUAAGUUUUUACAAGAUGUUUUGGAUGCUUUGUUUAAUAUAUUAAUGAGUAACUCUGAUAGUGAUGCUUACGACGAUAUGGUAUUCGAGUGUCUGUUGUACAUUAUCGGUCUAGUGUCUGAUAGAAAGUAUCAACACUUUCAACCAGUAUUAGACUUGUAUAUUUCAGAGAGCUUUUCCGCAACACUCGCUUAUAAAAAGUUAAUAGUAGUAUUACGGAAACGUAUAGAUAACGCCACUAAUAAUGACGGACAAGAGCGUGACAUACUUCUUAAAACAAUGAAAAGUCUCCAAUAUUGUAUGAGAUUUGUUGUUGAAUCGCGUCUUCUAUAUACUGAGCUAAAUCAAGACGAAGAAGAAUUUUCUCAAACUUUAACGGAGUUAUUAAAAUCUAUAGUUGAACUCAUGAGACAUGAAACAGACAGCACCUUAUUAGUUCAAGGAGCAUGCCUUAAAUAUUUACCAACCACUAUACCACAUUUAUUGCGAGUAUAUAGUGGCAAACAGUUGAGCACAAUCUUGACCGACUUAUUAGUUACUGUGCCAGCAGGAAGAUUGACCAAACAAAAAAUGAUGACUGUAAAUGAUAUCGUUCACAGCCCCCUUUUUCUAAACGCAGAUUGUAGAGCAAUUCUGUUGCCUAGAAUUACUAUUUUGGUUCGAGAUUUACUGGAAGCGAAAGAAGAGGGGCUGACAAGUACGCCUGGAAAAAGCGUGGCGAAGGUAGCCAGGCUGCUCGGCGAGAAUCGACAUCGACUCAACCAGCACCGCGGCUACUCUGAAGAGGUUGAAUUGUGUGUCAAGAUUUUGUCUGACAUCUUGGAAUUAACAUUUAGGAAAGAUAUAGGAAGCACGAUACAGGACGUGAAAGAAAUCAUGCUCACAGCCUUGCGGACUAUUAUACAAACUGUUAUAUCUAUGGACAGAGAAAAUCCAUUGGUUGGGAAUCUCGUUUCAGUUAUGCUAGCAAUAUUCAGGCAAAUGACGCAACAUCAUUAUGAGAUUUAUAUAAAUCACUUUGGAACGAAGUUUGAUUUGCUUGAUUUUCUCAUGGAAAUAUUGUUGGUGUUCAAAGAUUUAGUUUCGAAGAGCGUGUUCGCAGGUGACUGGUGUGAUAUGAUUAUGCUUCAGAACAGCAUAAUUUUGAAGUCGUUACGUUAUUUCUCUGGUACUAUCAGGGAUUAUUUCUUCACUGAUUUCGAACAGCAGGCUUGGUCAAAUUUUUUUCAUUGUGCAAUUGCAUUCCUGACCCAGCCUGCUUUGCAGUUGGAAACAUUCACGUCAUCGAAACGCAAUCGAAUUGUCCUACGUUACAAUGAUAUGCGCAGAGAAACAGCUUUCGAGAUACGCUCAAUGUGGUUCAAUCUGGGACAACAUAAAAUAUUGUUCGUCCCUGCUCUGGUAGGGGCUAUAUUAGAAAUGGCGUUAAUUCCGGAAAGCGAAUUGAGAAAGGCAACCAUACCUAUAUUUUUUGAUAUGAUGCAAUGUGAAUUUUAUAGUUCACGAAUUGUUGAAGGAUAUGGCGACACGAAAAGGGACCCUGCUCAUAUAAAAGCUAAUUUCACAGAAUACGAAAAUGAAAUGAUUGCAAAAUUGGAUAUUUUGGUCGAGGGCGGUAGAGGAGAUGAACAGUUUCGUUCUCUCUGGAUUCAAGUAAUGGGUAAUCUUUGCGAAAAACACUCGACUAUGCGAGAACAAGGAUUACGAUUCGUUGAUACAAUAGCUAAACUCAUGGAACGUUUAUUACAGUACCGCGAUAUUAUUCACGCAGAGUCACAGGAACAUAGGAUGUUGUGUAUCGUAAACUUAUUAGAAUUUUAUUCCGAGAUAAAUAGAAAGGAAAUGUAUAUCAGAUAUGUAAAUAAGCUUUGCGAGUUGCAUCUGGAGUGUGAUAAUUAUACCGAAGCAGCAUACUCUCUGAAACUACAUAGUCAAUUAUUAGCAUGGAGUGAUCAACCAUUACCGCCUCUAUUAAAAUCACACAGAUACCUAUUGUGUCAAACGCAUCGUGAAUUGAAAGAAGCAUUGUACAAUGACAUGAUCGACUAUUUUGAUAAGGGUAAAAUGUGGGAAUGCGCGCUUGCCGAGUGUAAAGAAUUAGUCGCGCAGUAUGAAGAGGAGACGUUUGAUUAUCUACAACUAUCUGUGCUGUUACAACGUAUGGCCAAGUUUUAUGAUUCUAUAGUGAAACAAUUACGACCAGAGCCAGAAUAUUUUAGAGUGGCGUACUACGGCCGAGGACAUCCCGCGUUUUUACAAAACAAGGUAUUCAUUUACCGUGGAAAAGAGUAUGAGCGGCUUAGCGAUUUCUGUUCGCGGACAUUAAAUCAACUACCAGACGCCGAACAAAUGAACAAGUUAUCACCUCCCACUCCGGAGAUACUAGAGUCUAAUCAUCAGUAUGUACAGAUUAACAAAGUAGAUCCUUUAAUGGAUGAGAAAAGGAACCGAUUCAGUGGAAAGCCCAUAACAGCGGAAGCAGUUCUAAGGUAUCAUCGAGUGAAUGAUGUCCAACGUUUUCGGUUUUCGAGACCAGCACCGAAGAAGGAUGUAAUUUCAGCUAUAGGAAUUUCUGGUGACAAAGAAAAGGAGACAGGCACCGUUAGCAAUAAUGAAUUCGCCUCGCUAUGGUUAGAAAGGACAGUACUAGUUACAAGUCAUCCCUUACCAGGCAUUCUCAGAUGCUUCCCCGUUACAUCCAGUGAAACCUACUUAGUCAGUCCUCUUCGUAAUGCAAUAGAAACGAUGGAGGCUACGAAUACCGCGCUAAGAGAUUUGAUUAUAGCUCAUAAAGCUGAUCACAAUCUUCCGUUGAAUCCUCUUAGUAUGAAACUGAAUGGCAUACUGGACCCAGCGGUAAUGGGUGGCAUAGAUAAUUACGAGAAAGCUUUCCUUAACGCCGAGUACCGCAAUUCUCGCCCGGAAGAGAGUUCGGAUCUUCUCAAGUUAGAGGGAUUAAUUGCUGAACAAAUACCGUUAUUGGGCGUUGGUUUACAAUUACAUAAAGCACGUGCUCCUUCUGAAUUGUCGCCAUUCCAUCAGCGUUUGGAGCAGUGUUUUGCAUCCAUGCGAAGCCAAGUCGAAGCAAAAUACGGCAAGAGGACAUGCGAUUUGCAAAUCGAAAGUUUCACUCACACUGUUACCAUGAGAAGACCGCAGACAUCGAGAGGGGACAGUCACCGUUUAUCUGAAUCAAACAUAAUGAACUCAGACUGUGGAACUCACUCCAGGGUAUCCUCUCUCACAAGAUCCCAAGUUGCAACGUUUAAGUCGCUCGCAUCAUUCAAUUUUAACAACAAUACACCCGCAACCAGUGUUCAAAACGUCAGUUUAUCAAGAAACGCAUCGAUACGUUCACACAUCUUAUCGACGGCCUCCCUUCAGAAGGCAUUAGGAAGUCCAAGUCCAGGGACGAAUAAAAAAAAGGAUUCAAAGCGAAGGAGUUCACGGAAAAGUGAUUCAGUUGCGUCGACAAAGAACGAUCAACCAACUAGCCAAUGGUAUACCACGACGGAAGUGUCGCAAAGUACAUCAACUCCUAUCACCCCACUGAUAUCCAGUUUUCCUACUACGCCAAUAUUCGAACUUCGUCAAGAGCUAACACCUAAACGCCCGUUGAGGUCAGAGGUAGAAAAGGAGAGAAGAAUAAGCAAUCGGUUAUCUGGACAAUCACAACAUUAUUUAAGGAAUCUAAAUAACGGAAUGGAUUCGAAUAGUUUAGGAAAAGGAAACAGAGAUAGUAUUGGUACGACGGACAGCACAGCGUCUGAGGACGAUCCCCCGCCGCCAUUGCCUGUGAAAACGCGCGAAGCCGAUUACUGUAAUCUUCCGGAAGAAUUACCCGCUUCCCAUUGUGGGACAGGUAGUUUAAAUAAUUCGAAUAGACCUCUAGGGCAUUGGUCGAAAAACAAGCUACCAACACCAACAGACGAUCUUGACGUUCAGACGAGGCCACCUACGCCUCCACCGAAACCAAAAAGACCCCCUUACAGUUUGAACAAGCUGAUGCUUCCUACUGGUGAUGUAGAUAACUUUAGUCAAGAUCCGUCCGUAACUUGACACAGAGUUUUUCAUGAUCGCUUAUCUUGCCAGUAUACUGAAAGAAUUGCGUGUAAUAAUAUUUAUAGAAACGUUUUACCCCCAAAACAACGCGUAGAAUAGACCUGAAAUUCAACGUACUUUUUGGUCACACGGUUACAGGGACUCUAUAGCUACCUUCUGUUAUGGAUACAGAAUGGACUAAG